AUGCUGCAGGACACAGAAAAUGACAAUGUAUUUGAAAAGAGUCACCAAAGACCUCGUACAAGCAGUUACGAAGGAGAUACAAAAAGCUUUAGAAAAACAGUCGAACUACAAGUAAUUGAGCUCUCGGAUGAAGAUACUUUGACAUCAUCGUCUGCCUCAGAGAGUCAGAUCGUCGUUGAACAAUCCAUUAACAGCCCAAAUCCAUUGAACGAGAAACUCAAUGCGACAACAUCACUACCACCACCAGCCAAGGUUUUGUUUCUUGAUGGUAUUCGCGGACUUGCAGCAAUGCUGGUGGUUGUUCAACACACUGGGGGAUUUUUUCCAAAACUCCAUCUCGGCUCGGUCGCUGUGGAUGCAUUUUUUAUUCUAUCGUCAUUCUUGCUUACAUGGCUAUUCAUGAGAAAGAGCUUAAAGUUAAUCGCUGAAGGUGCUAAUGUCCGAACGUGGGCGUUCACACUCGUCGACUACUUGCAGAAACGAUUUUUUCGGGUUUACCCGCUUUUUGCUGCGACCGUAUUCGUGCUUUACUUCAUGUCGCCCGAGAACCAGAGACGCUAUUAUGUUGGAGGUCGUGGCCCGUUUAAUCUAUUCAAGGCGCUUACUUUUGACUAUGAUCAUCGUUAUCACGUGUUUUGGACAUUGCCGCUGGAAAUUGAAUACUACUUUAUCAUUCCAGGAUUCGUGUUAGUUGCCAUCGGCAUGCGUCGGUAUUGGUGGGUUGGAGCGUUACCGUUAAUGGGGUGGAUCGUGCACGAAGGAUGGACAUUGGUCAGGGGAAGUCACACACCUUUUAUUCUCCACCUUCAUACAUUCAUGCUGGGGUCACUGGCUGCCGUCGUGUACGUAAAACUCGAUAUGCUCAUCAAGAAGACGGGGUUCCAGUUCCGUUGGUGGCACACGCUGCUUUUACGCGCUGUUGAGGGACUUAUUAUUGCCUUAUUGCUGAGUGUCUGUUUCCGAGGUCUGCUCUUUGACUGGGUCAUUAAGAAUCCUGCACCGCCGGCCGAAGGGUUUCCUUUUUCAAGCGUCUUCAUGGCAUUGAUUAUCGUAAUCGAGAUCAUUCAUCCGUCAUGUGUCUCCACUAUGUUCGAGUGGAGCGUCCUUCGAUAUUGGGGCAAGAUCAGCUUCUCGAUCUAUCUACUACACACAUUUAUCGUCGAGACUCCAUCGAUUUGGCACCAGCCCUACUACUUUGAUCGCCUGUUUUCUCAGUUAUUUUUGGUCAUUGCGCUUGCAACCACGUCGUACUACCUAAUUGAGUAUCCGUCGCAGUUGAUGGCACAGCAAAUCUCUCGCUUUCUAGCUGCUCGAGAGAAGAAUGGUUCGCCGAGGUUCAACUUGUUGUAG